AUGUCGUCGCCCGCACAAAUGAGAGCAAGCGGCGCAAAGGGCGGAAAGGAACCUAUUCUCUUCCGCUUCUGCUCAGAAUGCUCCAACCUACUAUUCCCCCGCGAAGACCGAAGCGAGAACAAGCUGUUGUUUGCCUGCAGAACCUGUUCCUUCACCGAAGAGGCGCCCUCAUCAUGCGUGAUGCGCCAUGAAAUCGCAUCUACAGUCGGAGCUACAGCUGGUGUCACGGCAGAAGUGGCACAAGAUCCCACGGUUCGUUGCCCCGAAUAUGAUUCGCAAGCCGCCCUUGAUGAAGAGAUGCCCUGUUGCACCAUGUGUGGUAUGCCCAUCAUGUGCGUCGAGUGCGGCGAAGAGUCGGCGCCUGGCUAUGCUCUCGAGGUCAUAGAUGAAGAGCCAACCGCCGAGCCUCAGCCAGAGCGGUAUAUGGAGGAAGAGGGCUUUGACGACGACAUGCAGGACCAAGACUCGUCAUGA